AUGCUGUGCUGCGCGGUGUUCUGGCUGGUCGAGAAGACCGUGGGCGUCAACGAAACCGUCGGCUCGACGCGCCUCCGAUUGUGGAACAGCAAGUUCAAGCAGCGCACCAUCCAGCGCCAGUUGCUGUGGCGCAUGGCCAAUGCCCGGGGCGACGAGACGUUCGUCUUCUUUGCCGUCCUCAUGACCACGCCCUGGCUGUUCUCCCUCAGCCUCCUGGGAUUCAUCCUGUCCCUGGCGGCGCUCCUGAAGAAGACCGUCAAGGAGCUGGUGUUCCAGAUACGCCUGCACCUCGUACUCUAGGGGGCAGCCAUCGAGCAGAAAGCAGCAAGCAGUAUCCAAUCACAC